AUGGCUUGGGAAGAGCCUAGAAAAACGGGGAUGCUGUACCGGCGAGUCGGCAAUUCGGGACUCCAUGUAUCCGUUCUAGGGCUUGGAGGGUGGCUUACAUUUGGUGGGCAUGUAGCGAAUGAACGCACAUUCGAAUGUAUGAAACAGGCUUAUGACUGCGGAAUCAACUUUUUCGACACCGCAGAGAGCUAUGCGGGUGGUCAGUCCGAAAUCAUCAUGGGCCAGGCGAUCAAGAAAUACAAGUGGAAGCGAAACGACAUUGUGAUUAGCACCAAAUUGAAUUGGGGUGGAGCCAAUGGCGAAGUUCUCGUCAACAACCACGGCUUGUCAAGAAAGCACAUCGUGGAAGGACUCCACGCUUCUCUUGAACGUCUCGAUCUGAAAUAUGUCGAUAUUGUUUACGCCCAUCGACCGGAUCGCCUAACUCCCAUGGAAGAGACCGUUCGGGCAUUCAACUACGUAAUUGAAAGUGGCUUGGCAUUUUACUGGGGAACUUCCGAAUGGUCUGCCGAUGAGAUUGCGGAAGCAUGUGGGAUCGCAAAAGAUCUGCGGAUGGUGGCACCCAUUGUUGAGCAGCCCUUGUACAAUAUUCUUGACCGCAAGAAGGUUGAAGGGGAAUUUCAGAGAUUGUACAAGAGGUGUGGGCUUGGAUUAACGACUUUUAGCCCCCUGAAAAUGGGAUUGCUAAGCGGGAAGUACAACGACGCGCUCCAAGGGCCACCUGAUGGAUCACGAUUUUCAGAGAGUAAGGACAAGUUCGCAGAGUUCAUGAGAGAUAACUACGGAAAUGAAGAGUGGAAGAGUAAUGUGGCUAAGGUUGGAAAGCUGAAGCCAAUUGCCGAGAAGUUGGGAGCCACGCAGUCACAACUUGCCUUGGCUUGGUGUCUCAAAAAUGCGAAUGUCUCGUCGGUAAUCACUGGAGCCUCGAGACCCGAUCAGAUUGUUGAAAAUGUCAAAUGUUUGGCCGUACUUGAGAAGUUGACAGCAGAAAUCAUGAACGAGAUUGACCGAGUGAUCGAGAACAAGCCAGCUACAGAUCCAGCACGGCAGGAUUAA